AUGGACACUGUUCGCGUCGCCGCCGAAAGCUCCUGCUCGCGCGCGACUGCGCUCGCGGCCGCCAAAUCGGCCGCCUCGCUCGUCUUUACCGCUUGCUGGUACUACAAGUGCGGCCGAGCUCUCCUCUAUGCGCCGCACCACGUCGCCGCCUCGCUCGUCAGCGUCAUCGUCAUACGCUGGUACCACCGGCGCGCGGCUGCGCCUGCGACCCUAGUCGCCGUUGCGAGAGAGGAACUGCGCGGCAUCGCCAGCGACUGGACGGCGCCGCUUGCGAAUUGCGCGCGCGCUCACGCCGUGUCGUGGAAGCGGCUGUACGUCGACCUCUGCGCGAGUGCGAGCGCGCUGCCGUCCUACGCGAACCUCGGCCCGCUGGGCCUCGGCCGCAUGAUCCACGGGUCUAUGUGGCUCCCGGCGAUGCAGGUCGCUGAUGCGGGGCACGCGCUGCUCAUAUUUAGCCGGUGGCGCGGCGCGCUGGUCUGCAUCGACGCGCUCGUGCUGCUGCUAAUCUUUGCGGCUUACAUGCUGCUGACGCACCUUGCAAACACUCUUGCGCACCGCUUCUUCGCGCACCGCUGCUUCAAGACGUCGCGCGCGUUCACGUGGCUGCUCGCCGCCUUUUGCAACACGGGGACCCGCUGCAUGUGGUGGAGCAGUUUGCACCGCCACCACCACAGGCACAGCGACGGUAAAGAGGACCCGCACAGCCCGGUGCAGUGCGGCGUCGCAUACGCCUACCUCGGUUGGCUGUUCGACCGGCACAACUUCCGGACCAGAGUCGAACACAUGAGGGACUGGCAGGCGGACGCGCCGGAACUCUUUGCGCUCGAGCUGCUCGCGGCCGGAGAGGCGCAGGAUGUCGUGGACGCGACCCUCCUCCGCCCGGCGCGCGCGCUGGCCGCGUGGUGGUUCGUCGACCCGACCGACUUCGUGGUCCACCGCUUCGGCGACAUGGCGAGGGACGCCGCCUCGGCGGGAGGCGCCUUCGCGGAGGACUGGGUCUUCGGCGCGAUUUUGCUGCUCGAGCGGUGCGGGCUGGUGUGGGAAGUGCGCAGACGGCCAAAGACUGAGUAG